AUGGCGGCUCUGCCGGAGAAGGGGUCGCAGGUUGCCGCAUGGUUGCAAAAUAUAUUUGGAGAUCAUCCCAUCCCACAAUAUGAGGUGAACCCACGGACCACAGAGAUUCUCUACCACCUGUCAGAACGGAACAAGACCCGGGACAGGGAUGUCUCCCUGGUGAUAGAGGACUUGAAACAGAAAGCAAGCGAGUAUGAAUCAGAAGCUAAGCAUCUUCAAGACCUUCUAAUGGAGAGUGUGAGUUUUUCCCCCGCCAAACUCUCUAGUGCUGGUUCCCGGUAUCUGAACGCUUUGGUUGAAAUUGCAGUGGUGCUUGAAACAAAGGACACCUCACUAACUAGUUUCAUUCCUGCAGUAAAUGAUUUGACCAACAAUCUUUUUCGUAUCAAAUCCAAAAAUGAAGAAAUCAACUCUGAAUUAUCAAAACUUGAAAAAAAUCUAACUGGAACACUAAUGUUAGAAAAAUGUCUACAAGAGGACCUCAAGAAAGCAGAGCAGCAUCUGUCUAGGGAAAAGGCAAAAACUGACCAGCGUCUUCAGAACAUGAACUUCCUAAAAGCAAAAUCCGAGGAGUUCAGAUGUGGAAUCAAAGCAUCAGAGGAGCAACUUUCAGCCAGGGGCAUGGACGCUUCUUUGUCUCAUCAGUCACUAGUAGCUCUGUCUGAGAAACUGGAAGAGCUUAAACGGCAGACUAUACCUUUGAAGAAAAAAUUGGGAUCCUAUUUAGAUCUAAUGCCGAAUCCAUCGCUUGCUCAAGUGAAAAUUGAAGAAGCAAAGAGAGAAUUGGAGACCGUUGAAGCUGAGCUUACACAGAGAGUGGAGAUGAUGGGACUGUGA